AUGGCGAGGCAGAGCAAGAUCCGUCUUCUGCAGCAAGAGCGUUCGAGCCCAGCUUUGGGUACUACAACCAGCGUGCCGGCGUCCUCCUCCCAGAGUCCACAGAAACCAUCCGCGGCGGGGCCAAACCCGAAAAGCACCACAACACCCGUUGGUAGUCCCGCUCCCGUUACCGCCGCCCCAUCACCACCAGCAGCGACAUCAACACCCGCCCCUGCUCAGACGACCGCCAGCCCAAGCACCCGCGCCUCGAAAACCGUCCAAUCCAUCGCCCUCCUCGCCCAGCGCCGCGACAACCGCCGCCGCCAAUCCGAGCUCGCCCGCAAAGCCCAGCAGCAUGAGGCCGUCGCUAACAACGGGGACCUCGACUCUGUGCUGUAUCGACGGAAAAUCGACGCGUGGCGGGAGAAGAACCUCGCCGCGGGUGGAACUCACAUUGUUCAACCACCGCCACCACAACCAGCGCAGCAAGACGACCGAACAGUCCGCAUCAAAGUCUGCGUCCGCAAACGCCCCCUCAACGCCCGCGAAACCGCCGAUCCGGCCGUGUUCGACAUCCUCUCCACCCAAACCGCGCUGAUCCACCUACACGAGCCGAGAGUGCGCGUCGACCUCUCCAAGGACAUCGACACCCAGACAUUCGCAUUCGACGAGGUGUUUGAUGAGGCAGCGGAGAAUGAGGCGGUGUAUACGCGUACGACACGGGGGCUUGUGGAGGCGAUGUUUGAGGGGGGGAGGGGGACCGUGUUUGCCUAUGGGCAGACCGGCAGCGGCAAAACCCACACAGUCUUCGGCUCCCAAACCUCUCCCGGUCUCUGCUUCUACGCCUGCCGCGAUGUCUUCCACCACCUUUCCUCCCCCGCCUCACCCCACACACUCACCCUGCACGCCUCCUUCUUCGAAAUCUACACCGGCCAAGUCUACGACCUCCUCUCCCACAAAUCCCGCAUCACCCUCCUCGAAGACCACACCGGCGCCAUCCGCAUCCAAGGCCUCACCGAAGAAUCUCCCCCCGACCUCCCCUCCCUACUCCGUCUCGUAUCACUGGGAAACGAAGCGCGGACCACCGGGACGACGGAAGCCAACCCGGACUCCUCCCGCUCGCACGCCGUGCUGCAAUUACGCGUCCGUGAUACCGUCACCGGGAAGGUGGUGGGCAAAUUCUCGAUGGUGGAUCUCGCCGGCAGCGAGCGGGCGACGGACCGCGGAGUGGUCGGCAAGCGCGAACGGGUCGAGGGGGCCGAGAUCAACAAGUCGCUGUUGGCGCUGAAGGAGUGCAUCCGUGCCCUCCAUCGCUCUGGGGCGGGUAUGACGACAACGACGACACAUAUUCCGUUCAGAGCGAGCAAACUGACGCAGAUCUUGCGCGACUCGUUUGUGGGGAAGCGCGCGCAGACCGUGAUGAUUGCGACGGUGAGUCCUGGGAGUAAUUCCGGGGAGCAUUCGCUGAAUACGUUGAGGUAUGCUUGGAGGGUGAAGGAGAUGAAG